GUGAAAGAGAAAGUCGCCCCCCCCAGGCCCGCCCCACCCCGCAGCCAAUCCCGGCAGCCGGCACCGCCCUCGCCGCUGGGUCUCCUCCUCCAGCCCGCAGGGCUGUAGUCUUGGAGAAGCCGAGGAGGAGCCGGUUGUGUGCACCUUGGGAAGUGCGGGUAUUCACAUUCCCCUGAAAGUAGAGGACCGCCCCUCCCCCGCGCCCCUGUCGCCACCCCCCCCUCCUCCGGCACCACCUUCGCUGCCUGGCAUCCACCUCUGCGGCUCCUACCUGGUGCUCCCGAGUUAAAUGGCUGAGAAGCAGAUCAGCCUGCCAGCCAAGCUCAUCAAUGGUGGCAUCGCUGGGCUGAUCGGGGUCACCUGCGUGUUCCCCAUCGACCUGGCCAAGACGAGGCUGCAGAACCAGCAGAACGGCCAGCGCAUGUACACCAGCAUGUCUGACUGCCUCAUCAAGACCAUCCGCUCAGAGGGCUACUUCGGGAUGUACCGCGGAGCUGCCGUGAACCUGACCCUCGUCACCCCCGAGAAGGCCAUCAAGCUGGCAGCUAAUGACUUCUUCCGAUAUCAGCUCUCUAAGGAUGGGCAGAAGUUGACCCUGUUUAAGGAGAUGCUGGCGGGCUGCGGGGCCGGCACCUGCCAGGUGAUCGUGACCACCCCCAUGGAGAUGCUCAAGAUUCAGCUCCAGGAUGCGGGCCGCAUCGCCGCCCAGAGAAAGAUCCUGUCUGCCCAGGCCCAGCUCUCGGGCCAGGGGGGUGCCCAGCCCUCGGUGGAGGCUCCAGCCACCCCUCGGCCCACAGCCACUCAGCUGACCCGCGACCUGCUGCGGAGCCGUGGCAUCGCCGGCCUCUACAAGGGCCUGGGGGCCACACUGCUCAGGGACGUCCCCUUCUCCAUCGUCUACUUCCCCCUCUUUGCCAACCUGAACCAGCUGGGCCGGCCAGCAUCGGGGGAGAAGUCUCCUUUCUACGUGUCCUUCCUGGCUGGCUGUGUGGCCGGGAGUGCGGCCGCCGUGGCUGUCAACCCCUGUGACGUGGUGAAGACCCGGCUCCAGUCACUCCAGCGCGGCAUCAACGAGGACACCUACUCGGGGUUCCUGGACUGUGCCAGGAAGAUCUUGCGGAACGAGGGCCCCUCGGCCUUCCUGAAGGGCGCAUACUGCCGUGCCCUGGUCAUCGCCCCACUCUUUGGCAUCGCUCAGGUGGUCUACUUCCUGGGCAUCGCCGAGACUCUGCUGGGGCUGCCGCGCGUCCAGCCUUGAGCCCAGCAGCGGCCCCACACCCUCCAGACAAGCGGGGCCAGAGCCAGGCUGACCCCCAGGACGCGCGAGAGAGUCUCUUCCCACGUGGACGGGUGGGGGUGGGGAGAGGAAGGGGUGCAGGGUCCACACGGAGUACACACACGGGCCUGGUGGGGUCCUGCCUGCACGACCACUGGGAUCAAUGUCUUAUUUAUGUAGAAAAUGCAGAAAUCUCUACAUUCCUGGAGCCAGCGCUGCCCACUUUUGCCCCAGUCUCAACACCCCCAGGGACAGAGCUGGUCUCUGGACUGGGGGUCCCCAGGCCUGGGCUGGACAACCUGGACCCUCCCCUCCAGUCUACCAGCUCCCGUCCCCGAGGCUUGGCCCCUAGUCCACAAAGGGGAGCCUGCACAAACCUAUUUAUUAUUAACUUGCCGAGCACAAGCGACUCUGUCCAUCCCUCCAUCUGUCCGUCCAGCCUCACCUGCUGCUGUUCUCGCCUUGGCCGGCCUUGUGGGAGGACUGGGCUGUCCUGCCCCCACGUUGAGCCAGGAAUCCUAGGCUGGGGGUUACCCUGAGUUCUGAUUCCCAGGACAGGUCCCCCGCCCCCACUGUGGGACCCAGUCUCCCUCCUGGUGGGCCCCUCAGCCCCCACCCCAGGCUGGGACCCAGAGUGUGUGACGUGUGUGCACAUAUGCAAAUGUGGUGGGGAGCAGCUAGUAGCAGCCCUCACCAGCCUGGCCCCUCAGGGAUGGGGCUGUGAGGGGCUGCUGCGCUUCCCCACGUGGCCAGGCCAUGUGUGUGUGAGUGCAUGUGUGUAUGUGUGUGUGUGUGCCCCAGACGCCCCACUGACCCCGUCCAGAACUUCCUCUCUGGCCUGGCCCCUCCUGCUGCACCUUUAGUAGACCCCUCUUCUGAGACCACCCCCUGGGUCCAGGAUGGGCCCUCGGGGAGGGUGGGCGUGAGGACCAGUAUGGAGCCUGGGAGCAUGUGCUCCUCUUGCAGGGGUACCAGGAGCUCCAUCUUCCCAGGGCCCACCUGCUCUCUGGGCCUCUGCAGAAGGCCCUGGACCACACUUAGUAAAGCUCUGCCCUUCCAGCCCCCACGUUGAUGUUGUGAACUGAGGCAGGCUUGCCCUGCCCUGCCCUGCCCCCAGCCCCGUGAUCGUGUUGGUAAUUGAUCUGAUGUGCCGGUGCUGUGUCCCCCCUACCCCGGGGCCCCCUCCCUGGAGGCCCCUUCCCAGUGACACUACCUGGGGCUCAGGCCUGGGCCCCCCAGUUCACGGUUGUUCCUGGGGAGCUGCUCUCUCCCGUCACAUCUGUACCUUGGAAGCUGCUGCUGCUGCUUACAGAAUUAUAUUUUUUUUCUUUUGAAGAGUUUUAAGAAGUUGUAAC